AAAGUCGUGUAUUACAGUGUGUGAAGCCUACAGUUGGAUUUUUAAACUCGCUUGGGGUAUGACUCUUAUAUUUAAAAAAACCCUGUUCAGUUUUAGCAUGUUGCGAGUACAUUUGCGACCAGUAUACUAAGCAGAAAGCCUACUUCUUGAACGUUGACUCGAACAGGUGAGACGUCACGUGACCGCCCGUACACAGAAGUCCUUCGAGCAGUUGAACCGAGUCAAGCUUUGGGAGUUAUUCUUUUUUAUUUAACUAUAAUUCUAUAAUGUUUUAUCCACUGGGGCUGGAUGAUACGAUAUAAUCCUAGGACCAUAGCGUGUGCCUUUCGAUUGAAAACUCGGAAUAAGAAUGAAAGUGAACGAUUUUACUUUACAAAUGACUUCUAACCAGUUGGCUUUCAUUCUGACAUGUACUUUAGUUCUGAACAGGAUGUCGGUGUGUGCUGGAGAAUCCCUGUGCACACAAGCCCCAGAGUUUCAGUUGCCCAGUGGGGGGCAGUCCGAGGUGUGGGAGACCCUGGGUUCCAUUGUGGCUCUGAACUGUACAGCCGUGCUGUCCUGGAACCAGACGGACCAACGUUGUGACGCUACCUCCUGGACACCGCUCUGGAGCAAAGAUGGGACCCCUCUCAACCUCAGCCUUUACCUACAGAACACAUCCACCUGGACUCCCAGCCAAUCCCAAAUGAUUGUGAGCAGUGUGCUGCAGGUCCAUGUUAGAGAGCAGGUUGACUUUGGCGUCUACUCCUGUGAGGUGAGGAACACCUCCGCUGACUUCAGCCUGCAGAAUACCGCCCACCCCAGCCACACAGCAUCAGUGAUGGCAGCCAUCAGUCUCUUCCUGAUCCUGACUAUAGCUGCUGUUGUCUACUCCAGGUGUCGUCUCAAUAUCAAACUCUGGUACAGGAACUCCUAUGGAGACUAUGAGAUCAAUGAUGGCAAGCUGCAUGAUGCCUACUUCUCCUAUGUCAACAACGAAUACGACAGAAAGUUGGUCAACUUCAUCCUCAAACCUCACCUGGUGAACAAAUCUGGACAUAAGCUACACCUCAGUGACAACAACAUCCUACCUGGGGGUGAGCCGGCUGCUGAGUUCCUGAUGAACGUUAGUCACUGUCGACGCCUCAUCGUAGUGAUGUCACACGCCUACCUAGAACAGGACUGGUGCUGUAACAACUUUAGACAGGGCCUUCUGCACCUGCUGGAGCUGUCCCAGAGGCCCAUCAUCAUCAUCACAUUGGAGGGUCAGGUCAAACUCAUGAGACCCGAUGUGGUCCAGCAACUCAGAGAACACCAACACAAACUCACCUUGCUCACCUGGUCGGGAUCACACUCCAUGCCGCCGUCGUCAGUGUUCUGGAAACAGUUGGCCCUGGCCAUGCCUCAUAGGGUUGUGUUCCACAGCGACACGGCAGGGGACCCCCAGACCCUCUUCCAAGACGAUAAGGACCCCAUGCUCACCCUCAACCCAGACUACCUGGACUGUCGCCCUGACCCUGACCCUGUAGGAGACCUGGGCCUUCGUCUCCCAGUCUACAAGGCACUGACAUCCAGAGCUCCUGUGCUGCCUAUGUUUCCCUCGGUCCCUGCAUCCCUGACUGAGCCCAAACACUCAGAUAUAGAUGUAUCGGACCUGGGAUCGCGCAAUUAUGGAGCUCGCAAUGACUUCUACUGCCUGGUCACAGAGGACAACAUCUGAGAAAGACUGUAGCUUCUGAAUAAAAAGGAGAACAAGAUCUCCAACUUCUACUGCCUGGUCACAGAGGACAACAUCUGAGAAAGACUGUAGCUUUUGAAGAAAAAGGAGAACAAGAUCUCCAACUUCUACUCUCCAGAAGGAAAUGGCUCACUUCAAUCUGAAUGUAAAACAGGUUCUCUCACCAAUACGAUCUACUACUUCACGGUGUAUGUUUCCAUAUUGAAGCAAGUGUUACAUUUAAAACAAUAUAUAUGAAUAUUUUAGUUCUUUCAACAAGUUUGAUUUGAUCUAUUUAUUUAAAUUUGUCCAUAUUUUAAUCCUUUCACAUAUACACUGAGUGUACAAAACAUUAGGAACACCUGCUCUCUCUAUCCAUGACAUACUGACCAGAUGAAUCCAGGUGAAAGCUAUGAUCCCUUAUUGAUGUCACCUGUUAAAUCCAAUUCAAUCAGCGUAGAUGAAGAAGGAGGAACACAUGGAUAAAGAAGGUUUUAAUCCUUGAGAAAAUUGAGACAUGGCAUGUGUGCCAUUGUGUGCCAUUCAGAGGGUGAAUGAAUGGGCAUGAUAAAAGAUGUAGGUGCCUUUGAACGGGGGUAUGGUAGUAUGCGCCACCGGUUUGUGUCAAGAACUGCAAUGUUUCUGGUUUUUUCACACUCAACAGUUUCCUCGUGUGUAUCAAGAAUAAUCCACCACCCAAAGGACAUUCAGCCAACUGGACACAACUGUGGGAAGCAUUGAAGUCAACAUUGGGCAGUAUCCCUGGAACGCUUUCGACACCUUGUAGAAUCCAUGCCCCGACGAAUUGAGGCUGUUCUAAGGGGGGAAAAGGUUGGGGGGGGGGGGGAUUGCAACUCAAUAUUAGGGAGCUGUUUUGUACACUCAGUGUAUAAAAUUUGAUUCCAAUGAUAAUUUCACUGAAAUGUUUUGAAGGACCUCGGUGGUUACAAUACAUGUUAUUAUAUACGAUUUGUAUAAGAUACCUGUUAUGUGAACUCUAUGUGAAAAAUAGAACACGUUGAGUGAUCUA